CACGCGGUAAGUGAAAAAAAAAAGCGCCAAAAAUAUGCCCAAGUCUUUUCUAUAGUAGACUCCAUUUUCAUCUCUUCUGUCUCAUUUUACUUCUCUCUUUCUCUUCCUGCUAUACCCAUUUCCCAUCCCCUAGCUGUACCCAUUUCCCGUCCCCUAGAUAAAGCCAAGUAAAGACUCAAGCUAAGUUUCUGCUAUACCCAUUUCCCAUCACUAGAUAAGCUUGAGUCAAGUAAACAAGUGGAGCCUCGACGAAGAAAAAAAAAUGGAGCCAGCUUAAAUCUCAAGAUAUAUGGGGCUCGUGGGUCUUGUGAAAAUGACGGGCUCAGGGUCGUGGGUGGCUCAGUCUCACGGAGGGGGUGGGUGGCUCGGUCUCGCGGAGGGGUAACCGAAUACCUGAAGCAGCUUUAAUGGAACGAUCUUACCUUCCAAGCAAGGUGUCAGAGAUAGUUGCAAUUUGGAGAGAUGACCUAAAGAAGGUCAGUAAGAAAGAUGCUGAUUCAUUAGGUGAUGUUUGACGACUGGGAUGUUUCUCUUUCCCUAGAAGCAGAAAGUGGAAAAAACAGGUGCAAUUAUCCUCCUGCUGAACUGUACCCAAUCUAUGCUCAGAAAUCAACCACCAACCUUCUUGAGAAGUUUAAGAGCAUGCAAAUUGAUGAAAACGAUGAUCCAACUGAACAUGGACUGCAUGAUCAUGAUGGCUGAGGCAACUGAAGAUGAUAGAUUUGGAGCUUUAAAUUGUCUGUUAUAUUUUUUGGGUUUCAGUCAGUUUUGCUCAGAGUUGUCUUCUUCAAUGGCGGCUCUUAACAUUUCAACAAGAAUGUCUCUCCUCAAACUCAAGAGGACCCCUGAUUUUCUACCGUCCUCCAAGAGCCUUAGACAUUUCCUUGGAUUUCAAUCCAGACCCAGAAAGAAACGGGCCCAGAAGAACCAUGCAUUCACUGUUAGAUCCAUGACGAUAGCCGAGGAGAGAUAUCGAGGCCAUCUCAACUCGCCUAAUGGCCUUGCGGGGAGCCCUGACAAGUACUCUCUUUAUGAUGAUCAGUCCAUUGAAUAUUACUCUAUUGGCCAGGCAAGGGCGACUCCGAACAGUCGAAGAAAAACGAAGAUAGUUUGUACAAUUGGUCCCUCCACAAGUACAGAUAAAGACUGGGAAGAUAUCAAGUUUGGAGUGGACAACCAAGUCGAUUUCUAUGCUGUCUCUUUUGUAAAAGAUGCUAGAGUGGUUCAUGAGUUGAAAGAUUAUCUUAAAAGUUGCAAUGCAGACAUUCACGUGAUUGUAAAAAUUGAAAGUGCAGACUCUAUCCCAAAUCUUCAUUCAAUUAUUCCUACAUCUGAUGGGGCAAUGGUUGCUUGUGGGGACCUUGGAGCUGAACUUCCGAUUGAGGAUGUUCCUCUGUUAAAGGAGGACAUAAUUAGAAGGUGUCAGAGAAUGCUGAAACUAGUUAUUGUAGCAACAAACAUGCUGGAGAGCAUGAUUAAUCAUCCUACGCCAACAAGGGCAGAAGUCUCUGACAUUGCAAUUACAGUACGGGAAGGUGCUGAUGCGGUCAUGCUUUCUGGAGAAACUGCCCACGGAAAAUAUCCAUUGAAAGUUGUCAAAGUAAUGCAUACUGUGGCAUUGAGGACUGAGUUAAGUCUACCAAUUAGCACUGCUCCUCCAAAUCUAUUGAGUACAGAUAAGCGCUCGAAAUCGAAGCUUUUCAUCUAAUGCCCCACUGAUUGAGAUCUCUGAUGCUCAGAUAUUGUCGUUCCAGAUAUGAAUCUGAAUCUACUUUUCAUGAGGCUUUUCUUAGUCGUCUUACGGAAACUGGUGCAACAGAAAGUUCAUCUUUAUGUGACCUUCCUAAACAGAUGGAAGGUGAUCAACAGAGAGCCUCUGAACAGACUAAGAACAUCUUAAGUAAUUUAUUUGCUGCUGUUGACAAUUUGUGGUAUCUAAAAGAUGGAAUACAUACUGUAGUCUUGAAAAAACUUUCAGAAAAUGGAUCUUGCAGUCAAAGGACACCAAGUGAAUUAGAUAGAGAGGUUAAGAACUUGAGGGUGGCAUUUAAUGACCUGUUUUUGAAGCAUAACACUUUCAAAGAAACUGCAAAGCCAUCGAGAUAUUGAUGCAAAGAAUAAAGCCGAGCUUAGAAUAUUAAGAGCUAGAAAAUUAUGCGAAAACUGAAGAAGCUAAAGUUGAGGAGCUUAUAAAGGCAGUUGCUGAUUCUGGUGCCAAAGUAAUAGUUGAGCAGCAGUUGGGGAGAUGGCACUUAAUUUCUGUGAGCGUUACAAUUAAAGCUUAACAAGCCAAACCUAGAUGACCUGGGACAUGUUGAUUCAGUUUCAGUAGAAGAAAUUGGUGGUGCUAAGGUCAUUGUUGUGAAGAAUGAAGAAGGUGGGAACUCUGUAACCACUGUUUUAUUGCGAGGAACCACAGAUAGCAUUCUAGAUGACAUUGAAAGAGCAGUUGAUGAUGGAGUAAAUACUUACAAGGUUAUGUGCAGGGAUAGCCGAAUGGUUCCUGGUGCAACUGCUACUGAAAUUGAAUUAGCUAAGAGAGUGAAAGAGUAUUCAUUUAAAGAAACAGGGUCAGUACGUCAGAGCUGUCUUUCUACAUUUAUGCUUCGAACUUCCUAGAAAUUUCAUGAUCUUCCUAUGCAUGAAGGUUCUGAGUUUUUCUCUGUAUUUCUUGUUUAAUUUUAGAGGGAAGAAGCAAUAUGUUUUGUUGCUUCAGUCGUUGUUUUGCAUGGUAUAUUGAGAUGAUUUCUUUGGAGCAAUUCUUGACAACAUUUGUAGUUGAGGCCUUUAGAAUUGAAGAAUGUAUUUCACUAAUUUUUGUAUACAUUUCUUGUUUUGUAUUUAGUGAUAAAGGAAUUUGAAUUGGGCAUAAAUUAUGUUGUAAUAUGAUUUCUUAAGCCUAGACUAGUAGAUUAAAUAUUGUAAUUACAUUUUGAGUAAUUAAUAAAAAUCUAUUUAUGCUA